GUCACACUGAAGACGUAUUGUGUUGACAAUCUCCUCCUGGAGUGCCAGGUGGCAGUGCUCGCCCGCAAGUCUUUACUGGAUCAGCAGGACUUGCACACAGUCUACUGGAGGAGCGAGAGUGAUGGCUGGGAGGGUGAAGGAUGACGUUGCGGAGCAGCUGGCUGUCUACCGCUGGAGGAAGAAGCAACAGGAGGAGGAGGAGAGGCGCAGAGGCCUGAUGCAGCGGGUGUGGGAGUUCCUGCCCUCCUUGGUGUCUAGAGCCACACCACCUCUCUCCUCUCCUACACUCCACCAACCUCCUAGAGUAACCUCUGAAGACACACAUCAUCUCAACACCAGUAAGGAAAUACGGAGGAGACCGCAGCAGUCAGUGGAGGUGACUUCUAGUAAUAACACAGAUUUCAAUGAUGAAGACCUGCAAACCUCUUCAUUGAUGUUUUAUGCUAAUUACUCAACAUUGGAUUGGGUAGCCUUGGCAUUGAAAUGGUUAAUGUGGCUUCUGCUCUUCAAAGUAUUCAUCCUUCUUGAAUUUGGAGCAGUGUAUUUUAUUUUUAGUGCCUUUAUAUUUAUAUGGUUCACCAUGAGGUCUGAGCCAAAAAAAGAGGGAGAAAUAAGUGCCUACUCAGUGUUCAAUCCAAAUUGUGAAGCCAUAGACGGAACAUACUCUGCUGAACAAUUUGAACGUGAGCUCUUGCACAAAAUGUGAUAUUUGCAGCAUAAUGUAAUGCAAUAUUGCUGCAUAUUAAGCUGUGCAAUAUUGAAAACCUUAUUUGCAGGUAAACAAUGGAUUUACAUAUUGAGAUUUGUUUUAGAAAUUCUUAAUUCAUGAUACAUUUAGAAACCUGAAACUUUGCAAGGACACAUUUUUCUGGAAGAAACUUUUUUGGGGUUAAAAACAAAAUUAAGUUACCUGUAUUCAAAUAAUUUCUUUUAAUACAUUAUUGAUUAGGCUCUUCUCCAAAUAAAUGGUGUGUUAGGUGGGGGGGGAAUACAUUUUAUAUUGUUGGGGGUUUAAUAAAUUUUCUAUACUGGAACAUAAAUGCUCUUAUACUGUACUUGUUUUAUUUACAUUUAAGGCUAGAUUGAAAAGUUUUCCACCAUAAACACAUAUAUUGACCUAUUACAAAUAUGGUAAAACAUUCAGUAGAAAAAUAAAUGUCAUGAAAAUCCAA